GGAAGAAGACGGGGGGAACCUUUGUUCUGCAGUAGGGCAGGACAGUUUAUUGUGGCGGACCAGCAUGGCCGCGCUGUGGAGGAGAUCCUUGUGUCUCUGUUUCCUCAGAAAUUCCUUUCGAUACCUGUCCAGGAUAAAACCUGCUGUCCGGAAAUCCCCCAGAUGGACAAGUGUCCUUGCUUCUCUCGCCGUCAGCGGAAGUCUGUGUGCUGUACCUUUUAAACAGGUUGAAAACCUCUCUCAUGACUCUCUGGUGAGACGAGCAGCCUCUCUGGUGACAGACAGUUCAAGCACUUUUCUCUCUCAGGCCACUCUGGCUCUGACGGAUGCUCUUACAGAGUAUGCAAAGGCUGUGCACACACUCAUCGCCCUGCAAAGGCAAUAUUUAGCUUCCCUGGGGAAACUGAGUCCAGCAGAAGAAGAUACGGUCUGGCAGGUGAUCAUUAGCCAGCGUGCAGAGGUUACCCACAGACAAGACGAACAGAAGCGCUUCGAGCUGACCUGGGUCACCGCCAUCAGGCUGUGCGAGGCAGCGGCCGAGGCUGCGUACAUAUCAGGAGCUGAGAACGCGUCCAUCACGGUUAGGACAAACAUUCAGCUGGCACAGUCCCAGGUGGAGGAGGCCCAGAAAAUCUCAGUGGAUGCAGAAAAGAAGCUGGCAGAGACUAAAGUCAUGGAGGUCGAGAGGAUGACGCAACACGCCGCUACCCUCGAGGGGAGUAACGACGAAGAGGAGACACCCGAGGCCUACCUGAGAGAGGACUGAAACGUACAGUCACCAGAUCAUUUUACCAAAUCUGUACCGACUUCUGCUUCUUUUUUUUCCUGUUGCGUGAGAUGACGAAAGUUAAUUUCUGUUUGUUUGUACCAAAAUUAAAAGAAAGCAUGAAAAUAUUGUUUUCUUUUUAGAAUUCAAACUACAUAAGAAUUUCAUGCACUACAGAAGCAGAGUCUUACCAAUCAUUUUGGUUUCAUUUCUUGUGAAAAUAUCUUGAGUACACUUGAAAUAAGACAAAACUAAUUUGCAAGAUAUUGGAGCUUGUUUUAAAUCAAUAUUUCCUUAAUAUCAAUGAAAAAAGAAAUAGUCUCAUUUACAGAGUAUUCCAUUUACAAUAAGAUUCUGUUUUUGCAGCGCAACCCAAAGAGUUGUGUUAAACGUUUGGUCUUUUGAUGUGAUUGAUUUGAUAACUGAUCAGGUUGCGAACUGCAUUAAUGAAGUCUGGUUUAUUAGAGUGACUUACCAACAGGUUUCUGUGUUAAUAUUUAGUCUGAGUUAUUUUAAUAAACAUAAGAUGCAACUAAA